UCAUCAAGGGUCAACUAAAGGGUUUUAUUUUGGAAAUGAUGACCGGAAGUCAUGAACAAGCUGAGUUAGUCAGACUCAGCUGAUCACUGUUCACAACUCCUUGGCAUUUUGGCAAAGUUUCAGUCUUCAGGAUGGAGAGAAACCAGUCGCAUCUCUUCAGUGAGCUGCGGACUUAAAGGACUUUUUAACAUAUUUGUGGAAACACCGUGAGCAUUUAGAGCUGAAAAAGCUGCAUGCCUGUUUUUUCCCACCUGAAAACGUAAGAGAAAGAAUUGCGGACAAGAGUCGGGAUGAACAGAGACGGAGACAAAAGCGCAAAGACUGCGCUCCGGAACCAGAAACAACCCAAGACGCACCAGCAGGUUUCCGCCCAGAAGAAGAAGAAAGAUCUUUUAAAAGAUGCCCAAAGUGGUUAUUUCUCCAAAGACUCACAGUCAGGUCAGCGCGACUCUGGGAAGGAGCUAAAAUCGGCGGGACUGCAGGGAAAACGACCGGGGAAAGUGUCUUCAAGUGCCACGGUGGAGUGCCAGAGAAGCCUCGGCGCACAAAGGAAACUGUCCGACGCCAGCAACGCUUCAGAGGACCUGAGCAAAGACUCCGGUUGCCUGUCUGGGAAACUCUCCUCAUCAGACAGCAGCUCAGAAAUAUCCGAUUGCCCCUCAGAGGGCAACAAGCACGACUCUUCGAGCUGCGACAAUGAAUUAAGCUGGAUAGACGGGAGCGCGUAUGUGAGCCCGGACAGCGAGUGGGAAAACGACGGCAAACCGUGCGCAACGGCAGCGAGAAAUACGUGCGCUCUCCAGUGUGAUGCUGCUGGAGGGGGUCUCAGUUUGUUUAACUCCUCUGGGGCGUUUAUGGAUCUCAUGAUGGCAGAGACAACCGAAGACCUUGUCAGGGAGGUAGAGGAUUUGAGAUCAGAGAACGAGUAUUUGAAAGAUGAGGUGGAGGAGCUUCGCUGUGAGAUACUGGAAAUGCGCGACAUGUUCCAGGAGGAGGAGGUGUACCAGCUGCAGGAGCUGCGGCUGCAGCUGGAGCAGGCCAACAAGAGCUGUCGCAUCCUGCAGUACCGCCUCCGCAAGGCCGAACGCCGCAGCAUCCGAGUGGCUCAGACGGGACAGGUGGACGGGGAGCUGGUCAGGAGCUUGGAGCACGAUAUCAAGGUUGCAAAGAGUGUGUCCCUCCGGCUGUACAACGAGCUGGAGGCUGCGCAGAAGAAGAAUUCCCAGUUGGAGUGGGAAACUGAGGUGCUGCGUGAGAAGACGCAGGAACUGGAAGUGGCUAGGCAGGUCUUACAGACUGAGGUGGAGAAAGCCAGAGAGAGCUCUCUGAAGAAGAAAAGCAUCCGAUCAACAGCCAGUAAGGCUGAGAAGAGGCUCUCGCAACAGAUUGAGGAUGACAGCGCUGAUCUCAGGUGCCAACUCCACUUUGCCAAAGAGGAAUUAGCUCUCAUGUGCAAGAAGCUCACUAAGUUGGUAUCAGAGAGUGAGGCCAUGCGCGAGGAGCUGGCCAAAUACCACUCAGCCUAUGGCGACAUAGACGCCACUCAAUCGCCUGAGGGCAAACAAAACUCCGCCCACGGCAGGCAGGCAGAGGUCAAAGUUCACUUGAAACUAGUCGAAGAGGAGGCCACACUCCUGAGCCGGCGCAUCGUUGAACUGGAGGUGGAGAACCGUGGACUGCGAGCAGAAAUGAGCGACCUGAGAGAGAAAAUGGGAAGAGGAGGAGGGGAAGAGGAAGAAGAAGAGAAUCGGGAUGUGUUGGAGGAAAAUCUGUUGGCUUCCACACCGUUGAAAGACAGAGAGGGAAGGGAGCAAAGUUUGAAAAUAGGAUGCACAAUGUAUGAGCAGGAUCAGGACAAGGAAGCACAAAAAGGUAAAAGUGAUGUUGAGACAUCUUUGCUUUGCAUCCAAUCACAGACUGAAGCGAUGAAUACUGCUUGUCAUAUUACUCGAGAAGGUCCUGUGGGUGGUGAGUGGGACCCUUCAGACAGUCCUGAGAGCGACAACAACAAAAACCUUGACAGAGGUCUGACGGUGAAAGACUAUGAAACUCUUCUAGCUCUCAGAGAUCAUUCCUGCAUUUUGAGUUCAGCCAUCAAGCUCCUGACGACACCACCAAAAAAUGGCCACUGCUCAUCUCCCUCGUGUGCUUUUACCUCUCCGACAGAUGUGGACUUGAAUGGCAAGGCACAGAAGAUAUUCCUACCUGGGCCUUUGAAUGAGGCUUUGGAGCUUCUACAGGCCAUGCUGUCGGCUUUCACUGGGAGGGUGGAGAUGCUUCUUACAGGAGAAGAUUUAGGCAAAGGACAAGUUUGGGAUUCCUACACUUUCUCCUUUCUCUCUGGAGACUGUGCAGAUCACGAUGCGGACGCUCUAGGUAAGCAGGAGUGUGUAGAAGACCUCCGCACCACAGAGGUUAAGGAGAGAGAAAAACAAAUGAGACAGGCAACUUCCUUUCAAUGGGACCUCAUCCACAGCUGCAGGGACCCAAAAAUGCAACUUUCCUUGCAGAUUCUGUGGAUCCUCCAUCAUUGGUGUCAAGUUAAAGAACCUGGGCUGGAGGGAAAAGAGGGUAAAGACAAAACCAUGUCUGUCCUGAGGGGGUUGUUGCAAGACCUUGGUGCAGAGCUUGGGGAUGAGCGGAUUGAAUUCAACAGAGAGGCCAAGGCCACGCAGGGCAAGGCAGCUGAGUGUCCCGUCAGCGGUAUCUUUCAUGAUGAACAACUCUCUGAAGCUGACAGAAUGUGCAGCUCAAAAGGGAAAAGACUUAGGCGACAGUUUUCGCCACAUGGCCUUAAGAGGAAGAACUGGUGCUAUCUGAGCCAGGAGGCUGCCCAGCUGGACCGAGUGGACCCCGUUAAGACGUGGGACCAUCUAAUCAUGCCGCUUAGCUUCCCUGAUCUUGACUUUGAGCAGAUGUCCCUGGAGAGAAGCCACACUGCCCCGGAGAAGUCAGCCUUCCGCAUCUACUACAGCCCCCCGUCAGCCCGCAGAGUCCAGCUGGCUCAGCUGAAGCAAAGCCCCGUCGCAGACAGAGAAUCUGUCAACACUGCCUCUCCCUGGUGCACGCCGCCGACCUCCUUCUCUCCUCUCUGUCUGGGCUCAUCUGCUAACCUGAGCGACGACAUGAAGGAAAUGACCGCCAGCUGGAGGCAGACAGAGAAGAGAGGGAGAUUACUGGGGCGAUGGGUGGACGUGGCCUGCUCAGGUACUCAGACCCACAUGAAGCCACAGAUGGUGAGUGUUGGUCUGCAGACAGAUGGGACACACGGGUUAGUUGCCGUGAGAAGCAGUCCAUCCCGAGUCCUGAGCCCCUCCCUGGUCUCCGCCCGCUCUCACCGCAUCUCGACCUCACUAGACGGGCUACCAGGCCGAGUCGAGAGGCCCAGACCCUCCACCUCCUCGCCUAAACUGUACCGGAGACACUCUGCAUCUGGUGCAUCCUCCCUCCCCUCAUCCAUCAAUAUGAGCUCCACCUCCUCAUCUGCAUCCACCUCUAGAGGUCGAGCACUGUGGAACCUGAAUCACCAAAGCCACACCGGCCUCACAUGGACCUGCCAAACCAAUCACAGAGCAGGUGCAGGACAGAACCACAGCUCUCUGAGCAGCGGCAAGCCUCCCAGCAAAUCUGCAGGUGCCAACCGUUACGGCAUGGUCACCGAGUUCCUGCGCAAGGUGAGCGGCCGGGCAGAGAAACCAGUACCGGGGUCAGGGCAGAAGACGAAGAGCGGUCUGAAGAACCUGGAACGUGUUCCAACAAGGCCUCCUGCCGCUCCGUUGCACAGGAACGACAGCGUGACGAGGAUUGUCAACCAGAGGUUCAUGAAGCAGAGAGAGGAGGCCAGUCGGGCCCAGAGAGAGGAGAAGGGGGGCAGUCUGAACCACAGUGUCAGACACAGCCAGAGUACCGUCACAGCAGAGGAUGGAAACUACGACUGCAGCUCCAGCAGCACCUUGACCUUCUGCUUCGCUCGCUCAUCUCGCUCCACCCAGAGACAAACGUCGAACCAGAGCAAACUCCACCGACACAGGUACUCGCCUCCGGUGAGCGCGGCUGCAGCCUCACAGAACUGUGAGUGAACGGGACCAGAAACAGCAGCUACACUGAUAAGCUGACGGCUGAGAGCGGUCACAGCCAUGGGGGGAAGAAUUUAAAAUGCUGUGGUUGAACUGGGAGAACUGGUAGACUGUUUGGAUGUUUAGCAGAGCUGUGAGUACCUUUAUAGCUCAGUGUUUUCUUUUGGUGCAAUUCACAACACUCAUCUCCUGUUACAGAUGGGCUUCAUCUUGAUUUCAGUUACUGCAAACUUAAUUCACAUUUACAAUCUUAAACUUUAUGUAAAACUGAUUCUGCACUUAUAUUGUGAACUGCAAUUCAAUUUUAUAUUAUCUUUGUAGUAUUUUGUAGAGAAUAAAGUUUUAUUGAAUAAACUUCUAAGAUCUGA